UCCAUAACAGAUAGUGCUGAGUUUAGAUCAGCCAUGCAAACACCACACUCGUACACAUUAGAUAUAAAUCGCUUGGAGCAGAUGUAGAGAGUCUGUGGACCGGCCGCUUGUCAUUUUGAGGACAAGUAGGACUAAAGGGCGACUAAGGAACAUCCUUUUUUGGUCUUCCUCGUCAUUUGAGGCAUCGGCGAACUGGCCUCCUCCAAUUUGACAAUGGGCCAAAUUUUACCUUUUGCACAUUGCUCGGAGUGUAGUAGGGCCUGAACCUAUCAAAUACAAGGACAAUUGUCAUUAGAGUUAGCCCCAGCGCAGCAAGGCAAUGCAAGAUGGACGCUGCGGAAGGGACAAGCACAGGCGAGGGAAGUCGAGGCCGUCGCUUUACUCCAUUUGAGUAUCCCCAGCAGACUAUCUUUCCCCAUGGAGACGGAGAGAUGCAUCGGGUGCCGAGAUCUGACGAACGGGACGGACCGUACAUGUCAAAGGAACAUAGAAACAACACUCAAAGUGAAAGUAGUAACGUAUCGACUUGGAGAGUGGAUGAGCGGCUCCAACCGUUAUUCCUCCUAGGAGAGACCAUCCACAGGUGGCGGAGACCACUGGUCCAGCUAGUCAAACAUUACUACAUAGCGGACACACCAUACCAAGAGCUGCUAGUCUUUUUUACCACAUUGUUUUCCGAUGCAAGGCGACUGCACGACCCGAGGGAACGACGCGAAGUGGAGGUGCCUCUUCACUUGAUGCCACGACUCUUCCCAACCAACCACUGCCUGGAGCUCCUGACGGGGAUAGGUUUUGAGUACGAAGGAGUGGACACCGUACAUAACUUAGCGCAGUGCAUCUUGUAUGUUCCACCAAGUAUGCCCGAGGAGGUAACCGAAGCCGCCUUGACGACGUUUCAUGCUUUACAAUGUUUUACAUCACAUGAGGCAAACCGACUCACCAUGAUGGACCAGGAAGAUGCUAAUAUGCUGUUGGCUUUGGUUCAGAGUUUAGAGGCUGGACGAAUUCAAGAGCAACUGAUGUGUAGCCAGUGGGACAAAUAUGAAGAGUUUUUGAAGAGAAUGGGAAUAACAAAACAAAAACAUUCUCGGAAAACUCCCUCCAAGUUUCACCAUCGACAGUCCAUAGAAACAUUAAGUUUUAUGCGCAGUUUUUAUACCGUUAUCAAAUCUCUUCAUGGUGCGCCACUUUCGGAACCGUAUGAAGUUUAUAUCUGAAAUGUACCCUGACCGCUUCCGGUCCAACAAAUGAUAUACAUGUUGUGAGGUUUAUGUCAUGCGUAUCUGCGUACGGAUACAACUUGACCCUCACUGUAUCGACAUUGCUCAGCUUCCAGACAACUCGCUUGAGGCUAUGGAGGCAAUACCGCUGGAAGUUCAGUAUGUACGGAUAUGGCAAUUGGUAUGAUUUCUCUCGUGAGCGAUGUUUUUAUAGCCAUGUACAUGAACCUUUCCGUAAACAGUGCUGUUUUUUGAUUGAAACGUCACAGUAACCACAAGGUUAGUCAAGUCACGUGGUCUGGUGAAAGUUGAAAUACCGAUCACAUAUUGCCAUUCAUCUUGAGGAUCACACCACACGAAGUUUUGGUAUCCGGAUACAGUACAACCUCUCUAUUGCGGACACCCAUGGGACUGGGCGUUGGUAUCCGUAAUGUAGAGGUGUCCUUAAUAGGGAGGUUAUGCCAUUAUUGUCCAAAAAGUGGAUUCAUGUGUAUGAACACGGAGGUCGUGAAGCUAAGUCUACGUACCGGGGUAUUAAAUAUUCCAUUUAAUUUUGAAUAUUAACUACUUCAAACAAUUUGAUGCGAUUUAUAUGCACUAGAAAUUACUUUAUUGUAAUACCUCAUGGCAUUUCUAGUGGAGGUCAUAUUAAUUUGCCAACAUUGAUAUAUGCACAUAUAUACUACAUAGACAGUGUACAUCCUUCAUUAGUUGUAUAAAAGCAUUAGAUUGAGCUACUACACACCAAGCUUUAUUCUUUGUAAUUAGAGCACAAGGGGACAAACAACUCAAUGGACUGAAAUUAAUGUUAGAAUAUACAGUAGCUUGGCAAUGUGAUGAUGAGCAGUGAAGAUAAUCUUCUUCUUCUUCUCUUCUUCUCGUUCGCUUUAGACAGAGUGAAGAUAAUUAAGCGAAACAUAAGAGAGCAACGGACAUUGAAUUCACUCCACCCUGUUAUUAACUGAACACAGUGUCUAAUUAUGUUAAUCAAAUAACCAAACUUCACACCUGUUAGGUCUAAUCGACUACUUAAGUGAACACGGGAAGCCAUUGUUUUUGCUUACUGUCCGUAAUUGUGAGGUGAUUGGACCAAAAAGUCACCAUGGCCGUGUCUGCAUGCAAUUCGGAGUAGAGAGGUGUCCGCCCUACAGAGGUUUUUGUUCAAGCAAAUGACUUAGAAAAAAUCGGGACUGAACGAACAUGUCCAUAAUGCGGAGGUGUCCGCCUGGCAGAGGUGUCCGCAAGGUCCAGGCCUAUUAAUCAGACUAGUGCAUGUUUGUAACUCUCAAGUACAUAUUUGGAGAGGUAUUGAACAAAUAUUUGCUGUGGCAAGUCUACAGAUAUAAAGAAAUUAUUGAUGAAAAAAUUAAUUUCGAAUUUUGCUAAUUUGGUGACAGGGGGCGUGUUUUGAGAUUUUUCUGCCAGUUGGCUGAAAAGAGUGGAAAUAUCAAUGUCUGUCUAACUUGUCGAUUAUCAAAAAAUUUCUGUCGUCAACUACCAGUUUACUUUUCACCAUUUACUUGCCCGACUGUCCGGAAUAUCAUAUCAAAAUUUCAGAUUCACAACUCCACGCAGUAUUUGAUGCGUCGCGGUCAAACAUUGACAAUUGAACUGCUAAAAGGCUUAAAAAUCAAUGGUGGUCUUGCCUCAGCCUACUAAAAAAAACCGCAAAUCUGCCAGAUAAGCCAACUUCCAGAAAGUAUUUUUCGAUAAUCCGUUAUUUGGUCGAGAUUAACAGCCUGUGAUAAUAGGCCUACCAACCAAGAGACAGAAGACAUGCAUCCUAGCUUGAAAUAAAAAUGCCAAUGAAGUAAAAAUUUGCGUUGAAUCCACUAUCUAUAUUCAUUUCCAGUCAAGAAGAAUUGGUACUGUACAUUUAAGAGCCAAUGCAUACACCCACCCCACUAGCACACGUAAUGCACGUGCUAGGGAGAGAAGGGCGUUUACAAGGUA